AUGGCUAAGAACGAAAAAAUUGGAGUAAUUGGAAGUGGGCUGAUAGGUCGCAGUUGGGCGAUGUUAUUUGCUAGUGUCGGAUAUCAAGUGACUAUUUAUGAUAUUCUUCAGGAACAAAUUAGUAAUGCACUUACUGACAUUGAACAGCAGCUAAAAAAACUUGAAUCUGAGGGAUUACUUCGUGGCAAUCUGACUGCAAAACAGCAGUUCGAGUUGAUAAAAGGUUCAUCAAGUCUGCCUGAAAUCGUUAAAGGAGCUAAGCUCAUUCAAGAAUGUAUUCCAGAGAAGUUAGAUUUAAAAAAAAAAUUGUAUGGGGAGUUGGACAAACUUGUAGAUGAUAAAACAAUUUUAUCUUCAUCUACUUCUACAUUCAAGCCAUCGUUGUUCAGCGAAAAUCUUAAACAUCGUGAUCAAGUUAUUGUAUCACAUCCUGUGAAUCCACCGUAUUAUGUGCCACUUAUUGAGAUAGUACCGAGUCCAUGGACUCGUCCUGAUAUUCCUGAAAAAACUAAAGCAAUUAUGACUGAAAUAGGUCAAUCACCGGUUGUAUUUACCCGAGAAAUUGAUGGAUUUGCGUUAAAUAGAAUACAAUAUGCUAUUCUAAAUGAAGCGUGGAGACUAGUGACCGACGGUGUCAUUAGUGUCAAGGACAUUGAUAUAGUUAUGAGCGAAGGCUUAGGAAUGCGUUAUGCAUUUCUUGGUGCAUUUGAAGCAGCUCAUCUCAAUGCGGAAGGUAUGAAAAAGUACUGUGAAACUUAUAACAAAUCAAUUUAUGAUGUGAGUCAAACAUUCGGACCAACACCGAAAUUUGUCGGAGCUGCUGCUGAAAAUAUUUCAAAACAGUUGGAAGAGAUUUGUCCACUUGAUAAAUUACAAGAACGCCGAGCAUGGAGAGAUUUAGCUCUCACAAAACUAUCAAUUUUAAAAAAAGAACUUGAAAAGAUCAAGUAA